UUUAAAGAGAAUGAUGUGAAAGAAAGUUUCAAAGUAAUGUGUCCCUACUUCUAUUGCAGAUGAUGCUGUUAAAAUUCUUAUCGCAGCAGAUCAAGAGCUUGGUGUCCUGCAUCGAAGAACAGGCAAUUAUGAGACUCUGAUACCUAUAAAAUCAAGGCCGACUUCUGUUGCAUAUGAUCUUGAGAGAAGCAUGUAUUUCUGGGUGGAUGAAGUCUUAAAUGUGUUUGUCCUUGGGAAGCCAAACUCCAUUCCCCUCUAUCCAGAACUUAAAACAGUGAACAGUAUCUCUUUGGACUGGUUCACGGGACAGUUGUAUUGGGCUAGCAGCUUCGCAAGGGUCAUCUAUGCUGGUUUAAGUGAUGGUAGAGGCUACGUCAAAAUCUUGGAAAAGGAUCUGGUGCCAGAGCAGCUGAUAGUGUUUCCUGAAAAGAAGUACUUGUACUGGGUAAAUCGAGGUGAGAAAGGCAUGCGGACUAUUGAAACUGCAGGGAUGGACGGCUCUGAUAGGAAGUCCAUAGAGACGGUAAACGUGGAUGGCAGCGGGAGGCACACCUUUCCUGAGGUCUUCUUGGAAGGUGAAGAUCCAGUAGGACUAGCUGUAUUUGAGAACUCUUUCUUCUGGGCAAAUAAAAUACAGCUGUUUUGUACUUCACCCCACACCCCGAAGAAGAGAGAGGUGCUGCUAAAUGCCUCCGUAUCUGCUUUCUCAGUCCUCCACAAAUCCCAGCAGCCUAAGAGCAGAUACCCAGCAUGUGUUCCAGGUUCUUGUAGCCACUUGUGUCUCCUGUCUCCCGUCCAUCCCAAGGGCUAUAAGUGUGUUUGUCCAGAGGGAAUGUUUCUUUUACCUUCUGGUACAUGUAAUGAGUUGAAACUUGUAUUUUCUUCUGGCAAACAUCUCUACUUGUUGAAAGUUGGUUUUAUGGGAACUGCUAUAGAAAAAACUCUAGUUCAAGAGCAUCCUAGGAACAUCUAUUUACUAGAUAUUGACUGGAAAAGAAACCUUGUCUACUGGACAAAUGCUAAGGGACAGCUGUUCUGCUCAACUGGCUAUUCAGGAGAAAAGCAAGAGAUUUGGACAGAGCAUAGAGUCUGUUCAGCAAGUGUGGACAUAUCAACUGGGGACUUGUACUGGCUGCCCUGUGACAGAAGUGCUAUUCAGAAGACUAGAAUCACUGGCGCAGACACACAUACCCUCUACAGAACGGGCAGCAUUAUACUGCAUCUUCUUCUUGAUUGGCCAAAGAGGGUGCUCUACUGGGUAGAAAGUGAGAAGCACUUGCAAAGUAUGACCCUUGAUGGCAAAAACAGACAGGAAGUCUGGAGAGGCACCUGGACGGCAGAAACCCACAUGGCCUUAGACCUCGGCUCAUCUAGCAUCCUCUGGACCACCAAAGAGUUAGGGUUGCAAAGUCUGAGUCUCCUGAAAAAUAGAACCUACAGUUUGAACAAGACCUGGAGUGAUGGCAUCAUAGUCGCCCAUGAGCCCUACCUGGUGACCGUGAACAGAGCAGCUCUUGUGCUGUGGAACAGAAGGAUGCUGGAGCCCCUCUCGGUGUCAAAAGAGCCGUUCAUAAGGAAAAUCAUCAUCCUGGCAGAGAACCAGGAGGUUCCAGCCUUUGACACAGAGCCAAAAAAUCUGAUCUUGGAUCUUGAGGCAGAAAAAGAAGAAAUCUUAUCACAGGAUUCAGGGGGCUUUGUUGGCAGAAGCAGCUGGAAGUCCCAAGGAAGAGUAGAAACAAAGAGGGGCAGAACCAUUCCUGUUUCUAUGUACCUGCUCCAUAGAGGUCUCAUCUCCCUCUUCUGUCUAAACUAG